AUGCGGCCUAAAGGCCUGCAAUUCAUCUGCUCUCUCGUUGCUUUAACACAUUUCAUCUUAUUUUCAAAGUUUUACCUCGUAUUUCAAUGUUAUAUUCAACAUGUCCAUUCUGUUUCGAGAUUUUCUGGAUAUUUUAAUAAUUUCAAGACGGCUAUUGACCACGUUGAUAUACCAUGUAUUAAAUUUAACACAAGAGCUCCAAAUACCACUCUUAAGGAUCGCUCAAAACUACAUGGAUCAACUUUCUUUCAACAGAUAUAUUCCAGAAGCAGGGAUUCCAGGGUGAAAAAUGUAGAAAAAAGGAAACAAAGCCUACCUGGAUUGUACACAUUUUUGAGGAGUAGACCUAGAUACUUUUUUAUAGGCACCAAAUUAUCGCUAGUAAAUGUUAAUGAUGGAAGAAAUUGUUCCAAUAACUCAUACAGACGUCAUAUCAUAGUCAAAUCAAGGAAGAAAAAUAAUGCAAAAAUUCCGGAGGAAACUUCAAAAGGUGCACAUAAAGACUCUAAUGUAGAUUCUGAGGAAAAAAACUAUAAUUUUGAUGUUGAUGACAUAAUAUUUGGUGAUCCAAAAAGACUUACUGGAGAUAAGUAUUAUUCCAAUGCUAAUGAGAAAAAACGAAAACCUAGGAAUGAAGAAGCUCAGGUUUUGUGGGAAAAAUACAAGCAUUUAUUUAAACCCCUUGAAACUCUUGAAGAAAAGUCUGAGAAGAUUCUAAAGUUACCUGUAACAACCAUUAAUGUGAAAGGAGUUGAAAUAGAUGUUCGGAUUGGCAGCCUAGGUCUUCCAUGGUAUAUCGAUUCUGAAAAUGCACAAAAACUUAAAUCACUAUAUGACGAGGAGGUAUUUAUGUAUAUAACACGUAACAAAAAAUAUGGAUAUCACUUUUUCCCGCACGGAAACCAUGAAAUUAAUUUUGUACCACUACCGGGACUUCCGGCCACAUUCUUACCAAAUAUAACUGUUGUCGAACAUAGAGAAGAUAUUCCUGGUUAUGAUCAUAUAACAGUGUUGCAUGAUUCUGCAAGGAACUAUACAUGGACGUACCAAAGAUCAAGUAUGGAGUUUGUAAAAUCUUCUAUUGAACUGGGGUCAUCUGAUGCUUAUAAAUUAAAAGAUAAGAAGAUAAUACCAAUUCCACAGAAACCACAGAUGGGUCCAAAGGCUUAUAUACCCAAGAACUAUUUUAAUGAACGAGAUUGUUUUCCUACCAUGUUCCCUAGAAAAACUCCUGAUACUGGCAUUUUUCGGCAACCGAAGCUUGAUGAUUUUCUCAGAAUGAAAUUUGCGGUACGAGUUGGAGAAGAAGUAGAUGAAGAAGCGGCGCCAUAUGGAUAUUAUAGAGAAUACCAAAACUUUUGGCCUACGGUGGAAAUAAAAGAUAACGAAAAUGUUCCACCAAUUAGAUAUCGCAGGCUGGGUAACAGUCAACUGGUAGUAUCUGAGAUAGCAUUGGGUACAAUGUCAUUUGGUUCUAGCGUUUCUGAAGCUGAUGCAUUUAAGAUGCUAGAUUAUGCCUAUGAUAAUUGCACAAUCAACUUUUUCGAUACCGCAGAGCUAUACCCUCUACCAGCUUCUCCGGAGAGAUUUGGUACCGCAGAAAGAAUUUUGGGUAAAUGGAUAAAGAAUAGAGGUGAAAACUUUCGUUCCAAAGUUAUUAUUUCCACAAAAAUAGCAUCUAGGAGUCCCAACUUAGAAUGGCUAAGAGAUACAAGUUUGUCGAAAGAAAAUAUAAUAAAGGCAGUUGAUAACUCACUAGAAAGACUUGGAACUGAUUACAUAGAUUUGCUUCAAUUUCACUGGCCUGAUAGAUAUGUACCUAUGCAUGAAACGGGGGAUUAUGAACAAGUUCUUUUUGAUGUUGAUUCAAUGAAUGAUUAUUCCCCUGUACCUAUGGAGGAGCAGUUGGAAGCAAUUGAUUUAUUGAUUAAACAGGGAAAAAUACGAGCUUGGGGUCUUUCUAACGAGACUCCUUGGGGAGUAUUGAAAUUUUGGCAUCUCUCUAAGGCCAUGAAUAUUCAAGAACCAGCAUCGGUACAGCUAAAUUACAAUUUACUUUGCAGAAACGAUCUAGAAAAAGGUUUUAUUGAACUAGCUAGACCACAAAAUACGGGAAUUGGCAUCAUAGCAUAUGGUGCCUUAGCCGGUGGGAUUUUAACUGGAAAGUACCUGGAGUAUAUGGACGCAACUACUUCAGCAAGACUGUUGAGGUUCCCUUCAUACAUGACUCGUUACAGAGGUUCCCUUGCAGCAAAAGCCGUACAAGAAUACUACGAAAUCGCAUUGAGCUUUAAGCUUCCAAAUCUUUCUGUGAUGGCCUUACGAUGGGUUUACACGAGACCAUUUAUAUGUAAUACUAUAAUUGGAGCCAGCGACCUGUAUCAGUUGAGAGAAAAUGUGCACUGUUUGAAUCCAGAGCUUCCUAUCACAGACUUAAUGGAGAGAAAGAUCAAUCAAGUCCAUUGGAAGUGGAGAGAUCCACUAAGAAUAGUACAAUAG